AUGUGCAUGCACAAUGCGGGGGUCCCCAUGGGAUCGGCCACGAUGCUGCUCCAGGCGGACGAGAACCUGGAGAUCGUGGAUGUGUGCUCGGACCUGGUGAAGCGCGGCAUCCUCACCGAGGACAAGGCGCAGCAGUUCCGCAGCUGGUGGGUCAAACCCCUCGCCUUGUAUCACACGAACAUCAAGGAGGUGCUGCUGAUGGACAUCGCCGACAUCUUCACGCUUGACCCGGCGGUGGUUCGAACCACUCCAGGCUAUCAACGCACGGGGACGACCUUCUUCUACGACCGAGUGAUUACCAGCAAAGAAUUCUUCAACCAGGACUUGAAUGGGGCACAAUAUCUCCGACAACUGCUGAACGACUUCGAUUACACUCAGUUCGGCCUACCGCCUGGGGCCUCUCUGUCGGCGCAUCUCGACCCAAAGACAUCUUUUGCGUGGAACGGCCAGACAUGCCACGAACAGGACUCGUCCCUCGUAGCAGUCGACAAAUCCCGCGCUGGACAAGCGAUCAACGUGCUGUUCUUCCUCUUAACGGAGGAGCGCUUCAUUCGCGAGUUUUCCUAUGGCGACAAGGAGAGUUUCUGGCUGGCGGUUGAACUGGCCAAGCAGGAGUACUUCUUCUCGCCGUGGGGGGUCGGGGACAUUUCGUCCUCGUCGAAUGAAGACGUGGCCAAACAUAGCGAUACUAUGUGCGGCAGUAUCGCUCAGUACAUGCCGCUUGAGAACGAAUCACCCGAGUUCUUGUACGUGAACGGCAAAGCGCUCCUGGACCCACUCCCCGGCCCACUUGAGAACCUCGGCAAGGCCUCGCACAAUGUGUUGUUCAACAUGAACCCAACGCAUCUCACACCUCGUCAGAAACGCAGGUUGAAUGGCCACACCCGCACCAGCUACAGAGGAGGAUUCCCCAUGGAAUGCCUUGUUGGUUUUGGCGCCGAUCCGCUCCCGGAGAAAUUCUUCCCUCAACUGCUGCAACGUCGGUUUUUCUACUUCGGCAUUCGGAUGGGUGUGCUCUCAGCGCUGGACCAUUGCUUCCCCGUCGAUGGAAUGAAGUAA